AGUCAGUUGCUGUCGCAAUGCCACUUUCUUUCGGUUUAAUCACAAAUCCCCGUCCCUGGCCGUGGCUAGGAACUCGAUUCAAGAACACCAAAAAUAAUCUCUUGCCAGGUUCUUCAAUCGGGCAUGAAACAACCAAAUCCCAAUUGGAGAUUUCUCUCCAGAGAUACUGACUGGUGUUCAAUCACUUGCGCAUUAACCCGUGCAUCCCUUUGCAGGGAAAUUCCUCGCAUGGUGGUCGAAAAACGGCGCGAAGGAGUCUACCACAGCCCGCAUGGGACAGUAAUUUCAAAGCGGCUGCGCCCGCAAACCAGCCUGGUCAGGCACCGCACAGCCAAGAUUCAGCAUAGCCAUGGGCCAAAACAAACGAGCCCCCAGGCGCGUAUUUUGGCUGUGCAGAUGCAUUCGACGCUCAUGAAAUAUAUAUCAAGUCCAGGUGAAAAGAUUGUUGUAAAGAAAUCUUGAAUGCAUCAUCACAACUUCUCAUUCUCACAUUCUCAAACGCAAAACAUCAUCAAAAAACGUCGUCUUUCGGCUUUGUAGAUGCAAUUUACACACAGUAAACCAACACCAAAGGCUGCCAACAUGGAACCCUGCACCACCACCACCACCACCACCACCACUCACACAAACAACACCACCGACAUCACAAAACAAGACCUGAAUCGCGCCAUGGCCAUCCGCAAGCGAGCAGCUUCAGAUCCCAUGCCCUCUCCUCUCAGACCUCAAGCUGCCGCCUCUGCUACAACCCAACCGACAACGAGACGGCGACAGUCGCUCGACCACGACCAAGAAAACACACAAAAAGGCACCACAAACUAUUCAAAGCCCCUCUGGGCGCACAGGCGACAGGAACUCAGCCAGUGCAGGAUGCAGACCCGUGCCGUCAAGACGCUGCGCACCGGUUCGCCGGCUCGACAGGACCGGGUGGUCAAGAAGCAGCCGUCGAGGGCCGGCAGGAUCCCCGAGUCGCUGCGGGUCGGGCGGGAGAAUCCCAUGUUCAAUUUGAAGGUGUCACGGUUGCAAUUGAGGAUACCACAUUCAAUUGUGCUGGCCGACGACUCGGCCUCCUCUGUGAGGUUACUGUGGGCGAGGUCGCCGCUUGAGGGGUUUUCGGGGAUGCCGGGGCGGAUAGGUUUUGCAUAGAGGUGUUGAUUUGUUCGAAGCUAUUCGGACGUGAUUGGCGGGACUAAUAGGGAAUAAUAGUUGUUGAAACAGUCACGGAGAAAUGGAAAUAUUUUUGAAAGUUGCAUCAUGCUUGUUGAGACUCGUAGAGGUUCUGUAUGCCCUCGUUGAUAUGGUAGCUAAUAGUUCACAACCCGAUUGUCGUGUCAUGUCUCAAUGCACCGAUAAUGCCCAG